ACACACAGUCUGCAAGAGCCACUCGGCUGUUCAGCGUUAGCACAUGUACCAAAAAGUCUGCGCUGGCAAAGCUGUCUGCACUUGGAAAGAAAUCUGUCUGAUGAGCCAUUGUAAAACCUUUGAUACUUCACUACAGUAUAAAACCCCUCCACGCUUACGUCUGUGUGAGUGGACCCGAGAUCUUAUGUGUGCCAAAGGUAUCUGAAGAAACAGCCUGAAGAUGAACUUCCUCCUGGAAACAUUGAAAGUCAUUGCACUUUCUCUUUAUUACUUGCUGGAGUCACUAGUGUUCUUGGUUGUGCCUAGACGGAAGAAGAAUGUUAGUGGUGAAAUAGUAUUAAUAACAGGAGCAGGAAGUGGCGUUGGAAGAUUCUUGUCUUUAAAGUUUGCCAGCCUUGGAGCCACAGUGGUUCUCUGGGACAUUAAUCAAGAGGGGCUCAAGGAGACAAGUAGACUGGCCAGAGAAAAUGGAGCAGUGAGAGUACACUGUUACAUCUGUGACUGUAGCAAAAGGCAGGAGGUCUACAGCGUAGCUGAUCAGGUUAAAAAAGAAGUUGGCGAUGUUAGCAUCCUAGUCAACAAUGCUGGUACCGUAACUGGGAAGAGGCUUAUUGAUUCUCCAGAUUCACUUGUGGAAAAAACCUUGGAAGUGAACAUAAUGGCACACUUCUGGACUUACAAAGCCUUCCUCCCAGUGAUGAUGGCCUCUAACCAUGGGCACUUGGUUAGUAUUGCAAGCUUAGCGGGACUGAUGGGAAUCAAUUGCCUUUCAGAUUACUGUGCAAGUAAAUUUGCAGCAGUUGGUUUUGCAGAGUCAGUUCAUUUUGAGAUGAGACAUCUGGGAAAGACUGGUGUUAAAACCACAGUUGUGUGUCCUUGCAUCAUAAACACAGGAAUGUUUGAUGGCUGUAGGACCAAUUGGCCAAAUCUGCUUCCGUCUCUGGAGCCAGAGUAUGUGGCUGAGAAGAUAGUCACUGCUGUUCGGCAGGACCAAGAAAUAUUGCUCUUACCACGCAGUACCUAUUUUUUGUUGACUUUGAAACAUGUCCUACCAGUGAAAGUAGUUGCUCUCCUUGUGGACUAUUUUGGAAUCCUCCAUGUCAUGGAUAGCUUCAAAGGUCGAGCAAAGAAGGACUGAAAAAAGCACAAAACAGAGACCAGCAACUCUAAAGUGGACCUUAUUAAAGGUGGUGGUGGGAAAAGUCUGCUUCUCUAGCAGCUGUGAACUUAAGGUGCCUCACUUCUCAUUAGUAACAAUUUUUAGGGAAAUUGCUUUUUAAUCAACAGCUUUCACUCAAACUACUUUUUUAAUCCAGUGAACUGUUUUCUCUUCAUCUCAUUAUGGAAAUACAUUAAUUGAAAUUAUUUCCUUUGGUUAUGUCUGUUAUAAUGCCUUAAAUAUGAUCCUGCAUCACAAACUAAUAAUUGGCAGUUCUGGGGGGAGAAGAGACCAAAAACCCCCAUGUAUUUGGCAGGGAGCCAGGAAAGCCUCUAGUGGACCUGACUUCUUGCUGCCAUUCACUGAACCAUGAGGAGGGCUGUACUGCUGGUGCCAUUACCGUUCCCUGGUAAGCUGAGGAAUUAAAGAGUUUCCUGAAACAACAGAUUCAAAUUUAUACAAAUGGAAGUUUUGUGAAAUGAAAAUAUGUGCUGUGUUGGUGCAAAACCAAUGAAAUAUAUUAAUUUUCGGAGGUGGUGAUCUCAGGACUCACAGAUGACUAUGGAUGUCAGGGCAGGGAGGGGGAAGGAUGUAAAAUAUGUAUUUGUGCUGCUAAUCUACUUUCUGUCUAAUUUAUUUUAAAAGCUAAUACUAUGACUGCAACUUUAUAGUAGAAUUCUUUGUAUCUUCUAAGUGCAAUAUUUUAAGAACAACUUUAAUUUUUCAUCUCCUAAGCAGAAUAAAGUUGUAGUUCCAAAGCAUAAGACUGCCAGGCUAGGUGGGCUAUCAAACAUCUUGCCGAGUAAGACAAUGAGCUACUAAAAGCAAAGGUAUUACAUUGUAUAAUCACGGCUUCUCUUGGGUUUAUUUCAGAAAGGAUUGAUGCUGAUAGAACUGAAGUGAAUGGGAUCAUUACGGCCAUAGCUUGAGUAACAGCAUUAUGUUUUUCUUCUCUGACUUGGGUGGCAGGUUGCCUUGUGUCUACAGAGACUUGUUUUACUUUUCCCAUUACUUUUAGGACUAUCCAUUUAUUUUGGACACAUGCUGAGGAGGCCUUGCCCUUUGUGACAAUGGCCUCUUAGAAAACUGAAAGCCCCCUUGACUUUUGGUAAAUCCAAAAUGAGAAUAAGGAAGAUAAUACCUUAAAUGUAUGUCAUUUAUGCACAUGCUGGCUAAGCCCACCUCAUGUCACAGUACUCUACUGGCAAUUGGUAACACCUGCAAACUAAGACUGAAAUGCAUUAGCAUGUAAUUAAUUGAAGGACAGUAUGGAAGAAAAGGUGAUUUGUUUUAAUGGUGGGGUUUUUUCCCCAUGAUGGCCUAGAAACUACCUUUAUUUCCCUUGUCUAUACUAUUAGUGAGGUUUACCAGUGGAGAAAGGUUUACAUAGAACUACUUUACUACUUAUGAGCAAGAAACACUGAGUAAAACAAGCAUGUUAAAAAUAGCCUUACUUUUAUGAUGCAUUGAUGAGAGUUAGAAUUCAGACUGAUGAAGAAAAGAUCUGUCUUACUGUCCUUUCUGCCUCAGAAAUUCUGCUCAUUUUACAGUACACUUCAGGAAAUGAAAGUUACUAAUUAAAAAACAGAUAUUGCCUAAAUGUGCUGUCCAUAUGUACAUUGCACUGUUCACAAAGUCAACCACUAAUAACCGUGUGGUGUUUCUGUGUCUUGUGGACUCCUCACCUUUUUAUGCUAGCAGAGCAUGUUUUUCCACCUAACUAUGAAAUACUACGUGUGCAGGAUUCUGGAGCAAAGGAGGAGAGAGGUGGAUUAUACAUAUGAGCAAUAUGUAUCAAACUCCAGCUCUUGUGAGAGCAAGUAGCUUUUCAUUCUUAGUGUCUCUGCAAACAUGUUUUGCUGAGGGAAAUUGAAAGCAAUGAGUCUGGCUGUGGGAUUUGUGGAUUCUCGGCAGGUUCAGGUUCAUCACAUCACUAGGAGGAUCUUACCUGAUAAUCUGUGCCAGAGAAGUACAUAUCCAUAGGGAUUUUGCUACUUCACAGAAUCACUGAGCUUGGAAAUGACCUCUACUCAGAGCAAGGUCAAUUAGAGCAGGUUGCUCAGUACUGUGUCUAGUCAACUUUUGAGUAUGUCUAAGAUUCUACAACCUCUCUGGGAAACCUGUUCCAAUGUUUGUUCACACUCAGUUUAAAAACAAAUAAAUGAAAAUUAUGUUUAAA